AUGGCUCUCGGCUUCUUCCUUGCAACAGCAGUGGUAGCAGUAGCAGUAGUCUCCAGCGCACCAGUCGGCAUCGGCGAUGGAGCUGGCGUACGAUUGGAGCACAAACAACGGAACCUGCAACAAGAUGGUCCAGCUUCGAGCAUGUUUCAACCAGAUGAGCACGGGCUCAGCGUAGGAGCGCACAAGGACCAGAGCUUUGCCGCACCGGAGCAGGUUCACAUUGCUCUGGCGCGGUCUGAUUCGCCGGAGGAGUACGCUGUCACGGUUGCCUGGGUGACCUGGCCCAACACUCAAUCGCGAGUGGCGUGGGGAUCGUCCGUCGACAACCUCGGCAACAUUGCAGACGGGACCUCAACUACCUACUCGGCCCGUCACCCGGGGCGGGCGGACUACACCAGCGGCUUCUUGCACUCAGCCACGCUGCAGGGCCUGGAGCCGUCAUCGACCUACUUCUACUCUUGCGGCGACGACACUUUGGAGAUGAGCUCUGUGAGGUCUUUCGACACACCGCCCAAGGUUGGCCCAGAGCAGCCUAUCACCCUGGGCGUCUUGGGAGACUUGGGACAGACCGACGACUCAGCCGCGUCGCUUGCGGCCAUCGAUGGCGACAAUUCCAUCGAUCUCGUCCUCCAUGCCGGUGACCUGAGCUACGCAGAUUGUGACCAGCCUCGGUGGGACUCGUUCAUGAGGAUGCUCGACCCCGUAGCGAGCCGCCUGCCGUGGAUGGUCGCUGCUGGCAACCACGAGAUCGAGACCAACGGCGCCUACCCCGGCGCCAAGCCUUUCCUGGCCUACGAGAGCCGCUUCCGGAUGCCGGCGGUGGGAGCUCCGACGGACCUCGGGCGCGGGUGCGGCGCCGGCGGCGGUCUGGACGGCGACGGCUACCUCUGUGGCGAGGGUUGGGGCGCGGACGAAGCGGAUGCCGCGGCGAUCGAGGAGGCCGAGCGGCUGUCGUCACCGGUGGGUACGCGAGGAGGGGAAGGGGUGGCGGCCGGGAAUACCGUGGGGGCGGCCGUGCGCCAGGCGGCGAGGGGAGUGCGCAUGGCGUUCGAUGCGACGGGGGAAGGGAGCGAGGACGAGCAGCCGCCGGUGUCUUGCUGCCCGUCGGAGUGGUCCGGGACGUACGACUACGGCAACAGCUUUUAUUCGUUCGAUGUCGGUCCGGUCCACGUGGUCGCGCUUAACCCGUACACGGCGACGGGCGAAAACUCCGUGCAGUACUCGUGGCUGCAGAAGGAUCUGGAGUCAGCAGACCGCGCCCUCACGCCAUGGUUGGUGGUGAUGAUGCACUGCCCUUGGUACAACUCCAACCUCGCUCACCAGGGCGAGCGCCAGGCGGAAACGGCGAUGCGCGCCAUGGAGCCUCUCCUCCACCAGCAUAAGGCCGCCGUGGUCAUCACGGGGCACGUCCACGCGUACGAGCGAUCGCACCCGGUGGUGGACUUUGAGCUGGCCGAGGACGGGCCUAUCCACCUCGUCGUGGGCGGCGCGGGAAACCGCGAAGGGCACGCAGCCGACUUCUACCCUAAGCCAGAGUGGAGCGCCUUCCGUGACGGAACAGUGUACGGCUCCGGCCGCCUCUCCAUCCGGUCUUCUUCGCUGGCCUUGUGGGAGUGGACAGCUUCGACGAGAGACACCGCCGGCUUGCACGACGUCGCCUGGGUCUCCAACCCGUUCUCGCCGUACACCCCAGGGGAGGAGGACGGGGACGCUUCGCCGCUGAAAGCGACGGGCAGAAGAAGCGACAACGGUGGAGAUUCUGCCGUGUCUGCUUCCCACGAGAGGGAUAACCAUGACCAGGAGGGUGAGGAUGUGUCUAGGACCCGGGAGAAGGCAGGCCUCCGCAUUCACGCCUUGCCCGAACGCCGCACACGGCGCGUGGCACGUGGCUGAUAGGUUCGUUCCCUGUUGGCGUGUGGUGUUUUUGACUACAUACAGCGACUUUUUUGGUUUGCUGCUGUUGUUGCUGUUUCACUGGGAUCCUGCUGCGUGGGUUUCCAUCGUUUGGGGAUGCAGCGCUCUCACUCUGUGUUGUUUUCUUGAGGAAUAUUCCUAAUUGUCUGUGUCGAGUGUUGUAUAGUAACCCCACGUGGGACAGGCAUUUUGGGGCCGAUUUUGCCCUGCAAUUUUGUACAUAUAAGAGGAGUGGUGCGAUUUGUUGUGCGUUGGUUGUACUCAAUCUUCGGGAGAAUUGUUGCGGAGUUUCUCGUGUAACGAGUCGAUUUCCCUCACAGCUCGUCCUUUGGCGCUCGUUCUCUAGGACUCGCCUGUAGAAGUCUGGUUUGUUUGUGUUUUUCGGGUGUUGGAGCAACCACUCAACCAUUCGCAACGCAACGAGGGUCUCAUCCGCGCCGGUAUUUGUGUGGCGUUCUGUGUUUGGGGGCUGGGAUUGCGCAGGCGUACGUACUCCAGACAGGAGUUAGGUCAAAGUGCUAAGACGGCCACCCUUUUGCAAUUCUAUACUUGUUGGUAAAUCUAUGUAGCCUGAGUUUGUCGUUUCUGUAGUAGCUGUCCUGGCCGGUCGCCCAGGUGUAUACUGCUGUGUGUCCUACCCGCUGGGUACCGCCACGUUCGCGUACCCGACAUUUGCUGGGGGUCCAACGUCCCACGGUGUAAUACCAGGUAGCAUCCGGGUACCCGUC